GAGAUAAGGACAAUGAAGAGUUGGUUGUGAGAGGCUGAGGAGUGGCUGCAGGAUUGCUUCGAAUUGGUAGACUGGGCCGUACUCAAGUAUUCAUCACACGAUCUAAUCGAGUACUCCACAGCUGUCAUGGACUUUAUUAAAACAGUUGUAGACGAGUGUGUCCCCACAAAAUCAUUCAGUCUUCCCCACCCAGAAGUCCUGGAUGAACCAUGAGAUAUGCAAUCUGCUGAGGGCCAGGUCAAUGUCAGCAAGACCAAGGAGAUGAUUAUUAACUUCAGGAAGAGGAAGUUGGAGGUCCUCAUCGGGGGAUCAGAGUCAAAGAGGUUCAGCAAUUUUCAAUUCCUCUGUGUUACCAUUUCAGAGGAUCUGUCCUCAGCCCACCUCUUAAGUGCCAUUACGAAGAAAGCAAUUGAAGUACCGAGGAAAUCUGAAAUCAUUGAGGUAUUUAAAAUUGAAGUACUCAUGAGUGGAAGGAAGCAUUUUGUAGAGAAACGAUACAGUGAAUUUCAUGCACUCCAUAAAAAGCUGAAGAAAAGCAUCAAAACGCCAGAAAUGCCUUCAAAGCACGUGAGGAACUGGGUGCCUAAAGUCUUAGAACAGCGAAGACAUGGGUUGGAAGCCUACCUCCAGACAAUUCUGAUUGAAAAUGAAGAACUGCCCAAGAUAUUCUUGGAUUUCCUUAAUAUUCGUCAUCUUCCUUCUCUGCCAAAAAUUGAAAGUUGUGGUUCCAUUGAAGACUAUGAAUCUGAGGAAUGCAGCAAACUAUCCCACCAGCCAGUGCUGCUUUUCCUGAGGGAUCCAUACAUCUUGCCCACAGCCACCGAUGACUUCCCAAACGUAGUUAUUGAAGGUGUUCUGCAUGGUACAUACUACCCGUACCUUCAAAUAAGGUAGAGUGGAUUCUACACGAAAGGCAUCUCUGAGCAUCCAGUCACAAAAGUAACAGUUAGUGGAUAUGUUUUUAUGAGAAACUGUUCGCUCUCAAUGUUCUUCCUUGAUGGGAAGUAUAUUUUAAAAUUAUUAUACCAUUUAAAUUUAACUUUUACAUUAUUCACUUAAUUAACUUAUAUGAGUAUAUAGCAAGUUUCAAUGUAAAUCAUUAUAAAUAAAUGUGUGAUGUUUCAACGUAAAUUGUGAGUAUGGAACUAAUUAAUACAAUGUGGAAACAUUUUUGUGUAAUUUUAAAGUAAAAUGUACUACUUCAUUAUUAAGUAGAGAAUGUUUUUGUUUUAUGACUUACUUGUAAUUUCCAGUUUGGAAAGAAAAACUCUAAUUAAAUUAGACAAUGAAAGAAUGUUUGUUGCAUUUAAAUAUGUGGAAAUGAAAGCAAUAUUUAUCACUAAAUCACAUUACUGUGUAAUCUUAUUAAAUGCAGGGAUCUGUUCUGGGAUCCCUGUUCUUUGAGAUUUUUAUAAAUGACUUGUAUGGGAAGUGAAAGGGUGGAUUAAUAAGUUUGCAGAUGACCCAAAUUUAAUGGAGUUGUGCUGGUGUGGGGUUUUGUUGUAAAUUGCCAUGUAACCUUAACAAAAUGCAGAGCUGGGCUGAGAAGUGGCAGAUAGAGUUCAACCUGGGAAAGUGUGAAGUGAUUCAUUUUCAAGGGUCGAAUUUGAAGGCAGAAAACAGAGUUAAUUGCAGGAUUCUUGGUAGUGUAGAGGAACAGGGGCAUCUUGGGGUCCAUGACCAUAGAUUCCCUCAAAGUUGCCACACAAGUUGAUAGGAUUAUUAAGGUGGUGUAUCUGUGUGGACGUCCAUUAUCUGGGGGAUUGAGUUCAAGAAGCGCGAGAUAUUGUUGCAGCCCUAUAAAACCCUAGUUAUACCACACUUGGAAUAUUGUGUUCCAUUCUGGCCAUCUCAGUAUAGGAAAGAUGUGGAAGCUUUAGAGAGGUUGCAGAGGAGAUUUACCAGGAUGCUGCGUGGAAUCAAGGGUGUGUCUAUUGAAGGUAGGUUGAGCAAGUUGGGAGUCUUCAUUUUGGAGCGAAAGAAGAUGAGGGGUGACUUGAUCGAAGUGUACAAGAUGAUAAGAGGCAUAGAUCAAGUGGAUAACCAGAAUUUUCCCAGGACAGAAAUGGCCAGUACAAGGCAGAAUCAUUUUAAGGUGAUUGGAGACAAGUAUAGGGGGACGUCAAGGUAGGUUCUUUACACAGUGUGUGGUGGGUGCGUGGAAUGCCCUGCCAGGGAUGGUGGUAGAGGAUAGAAUCAUUAGGAGCAUUCAAGAAACUCAGAUGGCAACAUGGAUGUUAGAGAAAUGGAGGGUAAGUGUUUGAGGGAAGAGAUAGAUCGAUCUUAGAGUAGGUUAACAGGUCAGCACGACAUCAUGGACCCAAGGGUCUGUACUGAGCUGAAAUGUUCUAUGAAUUAGUAAAAUAUUUCUUUAUUCGAAUCCAUUGUUAUAUGUAAUAAAUUCAAUCAUCACUGAACAGCAUGAAUGAUUUGUGUUCCAUUAAUUUUUUUUGAGGGUGAACUUUGAUUAAGUUUGGUCAAGGGUAUGCGAAUCAGCUCCAGAGACUUGAGUUCAUUGCUUUCAGUUUCUACUCACAGCUGUACAACUUGUUACUUCAAACAUCUAAUCAGCCAAUCAUGUGGCAGUUACUCAACGCAGACGUGGUCAAGAUACCCAUUUGCUGUUCAGGCCAAGCAGCAGAACGGGGAAGAAAUGUGAUCUGACUGACUUUGACUGUGGAAUGAUUGUUGGUACAGGAUGGGCUGGUUUAGUUUCUCAGAAACCGCUGUUCUCUUGGGACAGUCCCUAGAGUUUAUAUAGGAUGGUGCACAAAACAAAAAAACAUAAAACAUCCAGUGAGCAGCAGUCCCAUGGACAAAAUCGCCUUGUUACUGAAAGACAUUAAAGGAGAAUUGCCAGACUGGUUCAAGCUGACAGGAUGGUGACAGUAACUCAAAUAACCACACAUUACAGCCGUGGUGUUGAGAAGAACGUGUCUGAACACACAGUACACUGAAGCUUGAAGUGGGUGGACUACAGGAACAGAAGACCAUGAAUGUACAUGCAGUGGCCAUUUUACUAGGUACAAGAGGUAUCAAAUAAAGUGGCCACUGAAUGUACAUGUCCAAUGGCUUAUCACAAUCAAUACAAUUUGCCUUUGUACUUUUGGAAUUUUCCGUUAGACUAUUUAAAUUUAUGGAUGUAAUUCAACAUUUUCAUCCUGUAUUCAAAACUAUUCAUGGGCUUGCCACUCCCUUUGUUUCCAAGUCUACAACUCUCAAAUCUCUUCAUUAUUUCCAAUUUCCAGCAGUGUGUACUAUCUACAAGAUGCAUUGCAACAACAUACCAAAGUUCCUAAGGCAGCACCUUCCAGGCCCACGACCACUACCAUCUAGAAGGACGAGAACAGCAGAUGCCUGGGACCACCACCACUUUGGAAGUCCCCCUCCAAGUCACUCACCAUGCUGACUUUGAGACAUUUGGCCUUCCUUCACUGUUGGGUCGAGAUCAUGGAAUUCCCUCCCUAACAGCACUGUGGGUGUACCUACACCUCAGGGACUGCAGCGGUCCAAGAAGGCAGCUCAUCACCACCUUCUGAAGGGCAACUAGGGAUGGGCAAUAAAUGCUGGCUUGCUGGUGAUGCCCACAUCCUAUAAAUGAAUACAUUUCUAAAAAUUCCAUCCUUCUGUCUUUUCCAAAUUUUCUUUACUUUGGCAUUGGCAGCCAAACAGAAAUGGUAAUAUCAUGCAUUUUGUGCAUUGCCUGCACAAAGUCAAGCAGGUCAGAAUUGGUCACUCAACACAACUUCUGUGUUCAUCUUCCAUCGCCGUACAGUUUACC